UCGAGCUUCAAGUACAGGAAGCAAGGAAGAGAAGGCGGCGGCAGUGAUGAUGACGACGACGACGGCAGCGGCGGCGGCGGGAGGAGGAGGAGGAGCUUCGGCGAGUCGUGCGCGGUGUGCCUGUGCGCGUUCGAGGAAGGGGAGGAAGUGAGGCAGCUACCCAACUGCGGCCACCGCUUCCACGUGGCGUGUAUUGAUAUGUGGCUCUACUCUCACCCCGACUGCCCUCUCUGCCGUGCCGCCGUUCAGAUUUCGCCGCCGCCGCGGCCCAUAACUACGACUACUACUUCCGCCGGAGCAGCUGCCGUGUCGAUGACGUCAGGCAGCCAGUCAUCGGCCGGUGGACAACGACGAGAAGGGAUUGUGUUGAUGAUAAGCUCUGCUCCCCUUACUUGA